UUAUGAAGGGUAGUUGCGCGCUGUGGAUAAGCACGCUCUAUAAGAGAUUCUAUUUUAAUUAUUUAAAUAAUCAUUCAAAUAAUAAAAUUAUUCAUUAGUAUAUUCUUUGAUGUGAUCGAUUGGUUGCAUGCCGUGGAAUUUUAGCAUGAGUGCAAAUGAAGACGAGACCCAUUGAUCUAAUUACCUUCCGAACCGAUGCGUUGUGAAAUACUCUACAAAGCUAUUUCCCUAAAAAGUUAAGGAGAAAAUCAGGUCUGAGGAUUGAAAGAAAAAAAAACGUUACAGUCAAAAUAUUAGAGNAAUGUGGAAACUUCAGAUUUCAUCCGAAAGUUAUGUGUACUGCAAAAUGUGCAUGGGAUGUAUAAGUCAUUCUAGAAUGUCUGAACACCAAAAUUAUCAUGAGAAACUAGGCAAUUUGAUUUCUGAAUGCAGUUUUUGUGCAUUUUGAGACGUUUUUCAGGCGAUGUUUCAUCAGAAAGCUACGGUUUAGCUCAAAACUAAUAUCAGAUUCGGAAUCAGCGCUAAAAACUGAGUCGAUUUAUAUAUGUUGUGAAUAAUUUUGAGAAAGAUUUAUUUUUUGAAAAAAAUUCCCUGUACUCCUCCUCAGGGAUGGCCUGGUCAAUAAUGACAAUUUUUUCGAUAACUCAACCAUUUCUUGGCGGAUCCUUCUCAUCUUCGAACUCGACUGAGACAUUGAUGAGACUGAACUGUGUAGAAAAUUUCAUCAUGAUCUAACUCUCCUUUCGAGAGUUAUCGUGUAAACGGACGGCCGGACGGGUACACUGGCCGAUUCUAGAGUGUACUCACUUUUUUGAGUACACAAAAAGGGAACACGAUACAAUGUCCAAAAAAUUAGAAAAACUGGCAACAUGAAAUUAAUAUUAGAAAUUUUUUCAUUUUUUCAUUUGAGUUACAACACUUGUAAAUUGAACCAACAAUACAUGGGUGGAUUUUAUUCAUUUUUCAUAUGUCAUAAACAUUUUGUUUCUUUUGCAGGAUAUUAGUAUAGGACCUGUGGCAGUCUUGUCAGCAUUAACUGGCUCAGUGAUCGAAGCUGUACACAACGACUAUCCAGGGUACGAAUUACAUGUCAUUGCAUCAGCUUUAUCUCUCAUUUCUGGUUGUAUUGUUUUUGCUCUUGGUGUGUUUCGUCUUGGAUUUAUUGUUGAAUUCAUUCCUCUACCAGCGUUAGCUGCUUUUAUGACUGGCUCAGCAUUGAAUAUUGCUAUGGGACAAAUACCAACGCUUAUGGGUAACAAUAAAUAUUUGGAUACACGUGCGCCAACUUAUUUAGUUUUUGGCAAUUUUUGGAAACAAAUUUCACAUUGUAAUUUAAAUGCUGCACUCGGUCUAACAUCACUCUUUCUACUGUAUUUGAUUCGUUUUAUAUGUACCCGUGCAGGUAAACGUUUUCCGAAAAGAGAAAAAUUGUUUUUCUUUUUCAACACGCUUCGUGCCGUAUUUAUUAUCCUUCUGUAUAUUUUAAUUUCGUGGCUAAUCAAUCGUCAUGAUCCUGAUCAUCCACGAACUGCUAUCCUAGGCACAGUACCACGUGGAUUUCAAAAUAUGGGUGUACCCUACAUUGAUUCAACUUUAUUGAGUGCUUUCGCAUCUUAUCUACCAUCGACUGUAAUUGUUCUUCUCAUUGAACAUGUUGCUAUUGCGAAAUCAUUUGGUCGAAUCAAUAAUUAUGCUAUUGAUCCUAACCAAGAGAUGAUUGCCAUUGGUAUAACAAAUAUAUUUGGACCCUUUUUUGGUGCUUACCCAGCAACUGGUUCAUUUUCAAGAACAGCCAUUAAAUCUAAAGCAGGUGUACGAACACCUUUGGCUGGUGUAGUCAGCGGUGUAGUGAUUAUUUUAGGUAUUUACGCAUUACCAGCGCUUUUCCAUUGGAUUUCACAGGCUAGUUUAGCAGCAGUCAUCAUUCAUGCUGUCGGCGAUCUGAUAGCAGGACCCACAACAUUGAAAAAUUUUUGGCAAGUAAACCCAAUUGAAUUUUUCAUCUUUUGGGCUGGAGUACUUGUAACAAUAUUUUCUAACAUUGAAUAUGGUAUCUAUGUUACGGUUAUUUCAUCUGGCGUUCUUCUACUCUUUCGUAUUGCUAAGGCUCGUGGUCAAUUUGUUGGCAGAGUAAUAGUUCAACAAGUUAAAUUAUUUGCUGAUGAUUAUGUACAUUUAACAACUCGAAAUAUCUACGUACCACUCGAUCAUUCCGAUGGAUCAAAUCCGACAAUUAUUCCUAUAUCGCCUGGCAAUGGCAUCUUCAUCUAUCGAUUGAAUGAAAGUUUUCUCUAUCCGAAUGCCAAUCAUUACAUAGAACGUUUAGUUGAACAAAUUUUUCGUGAAACUAAACCUGGCAAAAUCAAUCCGUAUGGUUCGCUCGGUGAACAACCAUGGAAUUUAAAGACAAGUCGACAUCCAGAAAGAGAUCAGCAGAAAGAUGAUUCACGCCCGUGUUUGCAUGCCUUAAUAUUAGACUUCACUGGUGUUGCUCAUUUAGAUAUAACUGGCUUACAAAAUCUUCUUGAUGUUCGUCGACAAUUAGAUCGUUACGCCGAUAAAAAAGUCAAUUGGCAUUUUGUAGGUUUAUCGAAUCCUUGGUUGAAACGUGCACUUGUAUCAGUUGGAUUUGGUUCAUCUCAUGAAGGACACACAGUUUUUUCUGUAGCAAAUAUACAUGAGCAUAUCGAUGGUGGUGAAAAUGGUAACGACGUUGUACUUGUCCCCGUUCUUGAUAUCAAUCGACCAUUGUUCCAUGCUGAUCUCGAUGAAGCAUACGAAGCAGCUAUUACUAGUUUACCCUUGAAAGACAAUGCUGUCAUUUUCAAUAAUAACAAUGCGUAG